CCUGGCUGUAGGGCAGCGUUUAAAGUAUAUUAAGGCCUAUAUAAACUUGUAAAAUUAUGGGCUAUUCCUUGUUUAGAAUGUUUAAUCACUGGCUUUUGAUUUAAACUUAGUCUUAUUCUUACAGUAGUAAACAGUUUGAAAUUCUAGCCCUCCAUUAGGUAACAAAUUUAUAAAUAAAUAUUCCCAUGGCCAUGCUUUUGUGUGUGAAAUUAUUUUUUAUUUAUUUUUAGAUACCAUGGCAAAAAGCAUUAGAAGCAAGCAUAGGAGAAAGAUGAGAAAUGUGAAACGCCAACAUUAUGCCAAGAAAGAUCUUGAAAAGCUUAAACAAGUUGUAGCUAGAGCCUCAGAACUUAGUGAGAUUGUGACAAGUAAGUAAGAUUAUAUUUAGUAUGUUAACAGUAACAGUUAAUUGUAAAUCAUUCUACAUGCAUAGGAGCCAAAAUGAUCAAUAAAUUGAUCGUGGGCCCUUAAGAUAUAGAAGAAGAAGAAAUCAUCUAUUAUCACUAUGAAAAACUUUCAUGGUAGGAACAGGAAAAUGAAUGCUUCAAGAAUAAAUCUUUUAGAUUUAAAUCUUAAGGUGUAUAUAGGGGGGGGGGGGGGGAAAUGUCUUCAAAAAGCAAUUUUGGUACAUUUGAAAAUCAAGGCAUUAAAAACUAUUUGGUAAAAGUAUAUUAAUUAAUAUUCGGGCAAAAAUUUAAAAAAAAAAUAUUGUAGCCAGUGCUCAUCUCUAUUAUUCUACCUUUGUAGUUUUCUAAAAGUUUAAAAUUAUUAAUUUAGCCUAAAAUAUUAUAUUAUUUAUUUAAAAGUGAAAAUAGUAAACAAAAAAUUAUCUUGACAGUGAAAAGUGUUGAGGAAAUAAAAGUACAGCAACAAAGUAAAGAAGAAGGUAUCUACUUUUAAAAUAGUUAUUAUUAUGUCCUAGAUAUCAGAAAGGGUCUUUCACUCAUGUGUUGCUUAAUGCUUUUCAAAUCUUUAAUGGGGUUUUUAAAAGUACAGCAAAUUAUUUAUCAUUACCUUAAUUAUUUUUAUUUUUGAUACAGCUUGUUUUGUAUUGUAAGUGAAAAACUGAUCUUCUGUGAAUUAAAAUUUUCCUUUUAAUUAAAAGGGGUUUAUAUUUGAGGUGCUAAUGAAGUUAAGAACAUAAUUUCUUUUUAAAGUACCGUUAUAUAUCGACAUUAAGAAAAUUUGAGACAGUUCAAAAGAAUACAAGUUCAAGUACAAGUAGUAAAAUUUGGAUUCUUCUAGGUUCUUCAAUGGAGGUGGACAAGACACAAAAACAUUUUGACAAGAAAACUAAACAAGAUGAAAAUGGUCAUUACCCAGAAUGGAUGAAUCAGCGAGCCAUUAAAAGACAUAAGGAGAAAUUAACCAAGAAGAAAAAGAAAGUUGGAAAUAAAUUAAAAUGGUGAUUUUCAUUUUUGGGUAGUCUUUCAUUGAUUUCAGUUUCAUGUGAUCAGGUUACAACCAAAAACAGCGUACCGGUAAUAAAUAGGUUUUGAGAAUAUAAUUAAAAUAAAGGUCUAUUGUCUAAAUAAUUUAAAUUUAAAGACAAAACUUUAUGCAAGUUAGUAUUUUGUCCGAAACUUAAGAACAUGUCAACAAUAUAUCAGCAAUCUCAUGAUUCUGUUGAAAUUCAAUCCAACAUUGAUAAAAAAUAGAGUGAAGUGUCUUGGUUACAAAAUAUAAGUUUAUUGCAAUUAUACAUUGAAAACAUUCACAUCAAGAUAUUAUAAAAUAGCCUUGAUUACGCCCCUCCCCAAAAUUAUCAGGCCUUUUUAAAAAAGCCUAUUUAAAAAUGAUCAAAAGUUCCA